AUGUCGUUGCCAGAUUCCUUCCCAGUGGUAGAUUCUGUGCUUGAUCUCCAGCAACCACAGUACAAAUUAAAUCGAGAUGCCUGGACACAGGUCAUGGACGAGUUCGCUGUAAACCUCAAAAGCACGACAUCACAAGGAAGUACGCAAUCCAUCAACAGACAUGAAGACAGGGGACAACUGCUGGCGCGAGACAGGAUAGCAUUGCUGCUAGAUCCGGGAUCCUCGUUUUUGGAACUUGGUUCGUUCGCCGGGUUUGGUUUGGAAGAUUCAAGCCCAUGCGCCAGCCUUCUCGCAGGGAUUGGCAGCAUCAACGGCAGGAUCUGUCUCAUCCUCUCACACAUCGCGACUCAGAGUGGCGGUGCUUGGAACGAAUUGACCGUGCUCAAGCAGAAUCGAGUGACGGAGAUCGCCAACGAGAACGACCUACCAUUAAUUGCCCUUGUGCAGUCGGCGGGAGUGUUUUUGCCACAACAGUUCCGUGUCUUUCACAAAGGCGGCCAAAUUUUCCGGGAUCUCGCGGUACGCACCCAGAACGGACAGUCAUCAUGCGCCGUGGUUUUUGGAUCCUCAACCGCAGGAGGAGCGUAUCAUCCUGCACUUUCUGACUACACGAUCUUCGUAGAGAAUCAGGCUCAGGUUUUCCUGGCCGGUCCUCCUCUCGUCAAGAUGGCCACAGGAGAGGCCAUCGGCGCUGAGGAGCUCGGUGGCGCUCGAGUACACGGCAGCAUUACUGGCUUAGCUGACCAUGUGGCUGUUGAUGAGUUCGAUGCAAUUCGGAAAACUCGCGAAUGGGUCGCAUUGCUAAGACCACCACGUAGUCGGAUAACGCAGGCGUUGCAUCCGGUGUUGGCUCCGCGAUAUCCGAUCGAGGACAUAUUUGCCUUGGUCAAUCCAGAUAUCCGGAAACCGUUUGACAUGAAGGAAGUCGUCUUGAGAUUGGUCGACGACUCGCGGCUAGCGAUCUUCAAGCCAGAGUUUGGACGUAGCUUGCUCACGGGCUGGGCUCGGAUUAUGGGGAUGCCUCUUGGAAUCGUGGCGAACCAGACGCCCAUCAUCAAUCCUGACGAGGCCAUGAAAGGCGCACAGUUUGUUCGUAUGUGCAACCAGGAGAAUACGCCAAUCUUGUUCCUUCACAAUGUGACGGGAUUCAUGGUCGGAUCCAAAGUUGAGCACGCCAGCAUCAUCAAGAAGGGAGCCCAGUUCGUGUCAGCCGUCAGCUGUUCCAAAGUACCGCACAUUUCGAUCAUCCUCGGAGCUUCUUAUGGUGCUGGAAACUACGCCAUGUGUGGACGAACGUAUAAACCACGCUUCAUGUUCACCUGGCCGAUUGGACGGUGCAGUGUGAUGGGGGCUGAGCAGCUUUCCGGCGUCAUGGAACAGGUCGAGGCCAACAGCGCAAAGAGUAAAGGAAUAGAUCUGAAUCCCGAGCAGGUGCGAGAGCGAACUCGGCGACAUCGAGAUGAGGUGGAACGAGACUCUAGUUGUUAUAGGACGAGUGCCGUCCUCAUAGAUGACGGUAUCAUCGAUCCUCGGGACACCCGCGAUGUGCUGGGAAUGUGUCUUGAGAUUGUGCAAACACCAGGCGUGGAGGGCACGGCCGGACACAGAGCUUUGGCAAGGAUAUGA